AUGUCUAGGCGAAAGCAGCGGAAACCCCAACAGUUAAUCUCGGACUGCGAAGGUCCCAGCGCGUCUGACAACGGUGAUGCUAGCGAGGAGGACCACCCCCAGGUCUGUGCCAAGUGCUGCGCGCAGUUCACCAGCCCGACCGAGUUCCUCGCCCACCAGAAUGCGUGCUCUACCGAGCCCCCCGUGAUGGUGAUCCUCGGAGGCCAGGAGAACCCCGGCAGCGCUUCCGAGCCCCGGCCCGAGGGCCACAGCAGCCCCCAGGUCAUGGAGGUGGAGCACGGCCACCCCCCGGAUGCUGGGCCCUCCGUGCCCACGGACCCCACCUGGGGGGCGGAGCGGAGAGGAGAGGAGGCCGCGGGGCAUUUCCUAGUCGCUGGCACAGGGACAGCCGCUGCUGGGGGAGGAGGAGGAGGAGGAGGAGGAGGAGGCCUGAUCUUGGCCAGUCCCAAGCUGGGAGCCACCCCACUGCCUCCAGAGUCCACCCCUGCACCGCCGCCGCCUCCUCCGCCCCCACCGCCCCCACCGCAGCCCCCGGGCGUGGGCAGCGGCCACCUGAACAUCCCCCUGAUCCUGGAGGAGCUGAGAGUGCUGCAGCAGCGCCAGAUCCACCAGAUGCAGAUGACCGAGCAGAUCUGCAGACAGGUGCUCCUGCUCGGCUCCCUGGGCCAGACGGUGGGCGCGUCGGGCAGCCCCUCCGAGCUACCGGGGACGGGGACCGCCGCCGCCUCCACCAAGCCCCUGCUUCCGCUCUUCAGCCCCAUCAAGCCCGUGCAGACGAGCAAGACCCUGGCGUCUUCCUCCUCCUCCACCUCGUCCUCCUCAGGGGCAGAGACGCCCAAACAGGCUUUCUUCCACCUCUACCACCCGCUGGGGUCGCAGCACCCUUUUUCUGCUGGGGGUGCUGGGCGAAGCCACAAGCCCCCGCCCGCCCCCUCCCCAGCCCUGCCGGGCAGCACCGACCCGCUGAUCGCCUCGCCGCAUCUGGCCUUCCCGGGCACCACCACGGGGCUCCUGGCUGCGCAGUGUCUGGGGGCAGCCCGGGGCCUGGAGGCCGCCGCCGCCGCUUCCCCGGGGCUCCUGAAGCCGAAGAACGGCAGCGGCGAGCUGGGCUUCGGGGAGGUGAUGGGCCCCUUGGAGAAGCCCGGGGGACGGCACAAGUGCCGCUUCUGCGCCAAGGUCUUCGGCAGCGACAGCGCCCUGCAGAUCCAUCUGCGCUCGCACACGGGCGAGAGGCCCUACAAGUGUAACGUCUGCGGCAACCGCUUCACCACCCGGGGCAACCUCAAGGUGCACUUCCACCGGCACCGGGAGAAGUACCCGCACGUGCAGAUGAACCCCCACCCGGUGCCGGAGCACCUGGACUACGUCAUCACCAGCAGCGGCCUGCCCUACGGCAUGUCCGUGCCGCCGGAGAAGGCGGAGGAGGAGGCGGCCGCGGGGCCGGGGGCCGGUGCGGGCGCGGAGCGCAAGCCCCUGGUGGCCGCCACCGCCGCGCUCAGCGCCACCGAGAGCCUCACGCUGCUCUCCACCGGCGCCGGCGCGGCCACGGCGCCCGCGCUCCCCGCCUUCAACAAGUUCGUGCUCAUGAAGGCGGUGGAGCCGAAGAGCAAAGCCGAUGAGAACACCCCUCCGGGGACCGAGGCCUCCGCCCUCGCAGGGGUGACCGAAAGCGGCGCGGCCACGCGCAUGCAGCUGAGCAAGCUGGUGACGUCCCUCCCCAGCUGGGCCCUGCUCACCAACCACUUCAAGUCCGCGGGCAGCUUCCCCUUCCCCUACGUGCUCGAGCCCCUGGGGGCCUCGCCCUCCGAGACAUCGAAGCUGCAGCAGCUGGUGGAAAAGAUUGACCGGCAGGGAGCCGGAGCCGGGGCCGUGGCCUCCACUGCCUCGGGAGCCGCCACGACCUCUGCCCCCGCGGCUUCGUCCUCCGCUUCCUCCUCGGGACCCAACCAGUGCGUCAUCUGCCUGCGGGUGCUGAGCUGCCCGCGGGCCCUGCGCCUGCACUACGGCCAGCACGGAGGCGAGCGGCCCUUCAAAUGCAAGGUGUGCGGCAGGGCCUUUUCCACCCGCGGCAACCUGCGCGCGCAUUUCGUGGGCCACAAGGCCAGCCCGGCCUCGCGGGCCCAGAAUUCCUGCCCCAUCUGCCAGAAGAAGUUCACCAACGCGGUGUCUCUGCAGCAGCACGUGCGGAUGCACCUGGGGGGCCAGAUCCCCAACGGGGGUAACCCGCUCCCUGAGGGUGGCGGAGCUGCCCAGGAGAAUGGCUCUGAGCAGUCUACUCCAGUCUCCGGGGCGGGGGGCUUCCCCCAGCAGCCGUCUCAGCAGCCGUCCCCAGAAGAGGAGUUGUCCGAAGAGGAGGAGGAGGAAGAGGAAGAAGAGGAGGAUGUGACUGAUGAAGAUUCUCUGGCAGGAAGAGGCUCAGAGAGCGGAGGUGAGAAGGCGAUAUCAGUGCGAGGUGAUUCCGAAGAGGCGUCUGGAGGAGAGGAGGAGGUGGGGAUGGUGGUGGCGGCGGCAGCCACAGCUGGGAAGGAGAUGGACAGCAAUGAGAAAGCAAUCCAGCCUCCUUCGCUGCCGCCGCCACUGCCACCGCCGUCAGACAGCCUGGAUCAAACACAGCCGAGGGAGCAGGGGGCCAGUGAUGUUGCAGAAGUCGCAGAAGACGGGGGCAAACCGGAGAGAAGCUCAAGCCCAAAGGCAGCCCUCACCCUCGAAGGGGAAGGCAGUAGCACCACCACCUUGGUGGAGGAGCUGAGCGUGCAGGAAGCGAUGAGGAAGGAGCCAGGAGAGAGCAGUAGCAGAAAGGCCUGCGAGGUGUGUGGCCAGACCUUCCCCGCCCAGGCAGCUCUGGAGGAGCAUCAGAAGACCCACCCCAAGGAGGGGCCGCUCCUCACUUGCAUUUUCUGCAGGCAGGGCUUUCUCGAGCGGGCUACGCUCAAGAAGCAUAUGCUGCUGGCUCACCACCAGGUACAGCCCUUCGCCCCGCAUGGCCCUCAGAAUAUGGCUGCGCUUUCCUUGGUCCCGGGCUGUUCUCCCUCCAUCACUUCCCCAGGGCUCUCCCCCUUUCCCAGAAAAGAUGACCCUACAAUCCCAUGA